UGUGAUUGAUUAAGACGCUGACAGUUAAAGACAAUCUGUGAACAUCAGAGAGCUCAAAGCUGUCAAGCACGAAUUUGGACUGCCUGGAGUGCCAGCUUGAUUGUUUGGUGGUCAGAGAGUGUAAGCCGCCCCGGGACACUGAAAUCCUUCGCUUCAGAGAAGUGUCACAAUUUCGAACGACUUCGAGAGCGGCAUGGAUUUACAAGAGUCGGGGCAGGUGCUCGUCUGAGUAUGUCAACUGGUCUCCAACAGCGCGCGCAGAGGUGCGUCCUUGGACUGGGCGGUGCAACAGUCCUCAGCCGAUGAUCUGAAGAAAGCCUUGAAGGACUUGCCUCCGGCAUGUCGCGGCAAGCUCCAAAGUGCAUUGGCAGCUCUUCCACCUCCGAAGCCACCUCCAGUAGCGACAGGUGCUCCACCAAUGGUCACCUCCGCUACAGCAAAAGGUGGACCUGUGAAUUGCGCAGCCAUCACGAGGAUCGCAAAAGAUGAAGAAGGCUUGAAUCCACAGCCCGAAGCGCCGAACUUCAAAGGGGCGUUGGUGCAAGUCUAUGUCCGCUCGGAGCCAUUCGGUGGCUUUGACAAGAGCUCUAAUGGGCACCGCUAUGACUCGGUGAUCAUUGCCAACGGAAUGAUUGAUGCGGGCAUGAGUUGUCAGUUGAUUCACUACACUCACGAGGAGCAUGACAUUUUCGUGAAACUUUGUGGUCAGUUUGACUUUCUCGUGCUGCGAAUUCAUCCUGGGCACAUCGAGGCCGAUGGAGGGAACCAGCAGACCUUUGAUGAUGCUAUGAUCGGCUUGAGGCAGAAGGGCGUCCAAGUUUGGCCAUCACCUGAUGUGAUCUCCAAGCUAACCUCGGUCACCGAGACACUUGAGGACCCAGAGACCAUCACCUACAGCUCCAUCGAACAUUUCGCGGCAGCGUUCCCAAUCAGUGUGGGCUGCUGCCCACGUGUGAUCAAAGUCAAAGGUACACCGCCCGGCGGCGAAGGGAUUUGGAUUGUAAAGCUCAAAGAUGGAAACUAUGGUGAAGAGUAUGGGAAGCGCAUUGCUCAAGAGACCGACACACUCCUGCUAAAGGAAACUGCAGAUGGCCAUGAGGAGGAGCAUACGUUGGCAGAAUUCAUGGAAUACUGGAUAAAUGGAUGCACUGAAAAGUCUGGAAAGUGGACAUCCAAGGGCUCUGGAAAGUAUUUUGCCAAAGCAGAACAAGCGGGUGGCAUUUGCGAUGCACGCUAUGAGGAGAAGGAUGGCAAAGGUGAGCUUGAAUUCCACUUUGUGAUGGAUGACUUGGUGGAAAUCAUCCACACACCCAAGGGAUCGAGUUCGAAGUUCUACCCGUUCGACAUCGCUCGGUACGAUGGUGAGUUCUGCGCGUUGGCGAAGAAGUUCUUGGCUGAACUUCCUUCAUUAAGCAAGACCCUUGAGAAUGCCUUCCCGUUGUGGUGGACGGUUGGCUUCAAGAGAUUUGGACCACCAGGUUCUGAGGAGUGGCUACCAACGAAGAUGCUUGCAGACUGUAUUGGCCUUGACCAAUGUUUGGCAGCUUGCGUGGCUCGCUGUGAAAAAGCAGAGGCCAGCUUCUCAAGCAUCUCCUCUGAAGACCGGGCUGCAGCUGAGAAAGUCGGUCAGGUCAUCGCUCAGAGAGCUGUGCGACUGCUCAGCCAAUGACCUGCUGGGCAAACGGUGUCCACGUCUUAGGCACUUGUAGGGUGAGAUGUUGCUUUCCCAUUUUAGGUAGCAGAGAGCUUUGUCCAGCAGAGCAGGAUGACCGAGAUUGACUGAGUCUUGUGUUGUGAAAUCGUGAAAUCAUAAGAUCUUGGAACAGCCGAGAGCUUUCACUCACCUUUUUCAAACAUUGGAAGAGGCACAUUACAUAACAAUUUGAAAGUUGCAAAGUCAACCAACCUUGUGUGAUUUGGACAAAUGUCCCACGACAAUGAGCCCCAACUCUGUAA